UAAAAUCGCAACCGGAACAGCUAUGUUGUUGCGUCGUGUUUGACUUGACAGAUGGCAGGCGAGAGACGCUCCUCUCGGCUGUCUCUCUCGGUCCGUUGGUCCAUCCCGGUUCCCCAUUGUCUCCCCUUUUCACUCCUUGAAGACAACCCCGAGACGACAAACUAAACUUAGCCGUUAUUCCGCUCAUAUCGCAUUUUGUAUGUUACGUUUGGAGACUUACCUCAACCUGAAAUUUCACCCUGUCCCUCUUCAUCCGAAAUGUGGACACGCUUUUCUGUCUUUUUUUUUUUUUUUUUUUGUUGUGUUGUAGAGAUUUAUUCGUUGUAACGGAGGAGGCAGUGAAUUAACCGACUGACGGAGCUGAGAAACUGCGGUUGUGUUGUGGAGCUGAUGGGGGAGAUGAACCGGAGGAGGAGGACUUGUUAGCCCAACAGAGACACCGAAAUCAGCGUCCAGUAGCUGUUGACAUAUCUCAACAUCCUAGCAACAAUUUUACUCACCAUUUUCUGAGUGGAGAAAACACCAAAUUCGGGGGGGGGGGGAAAGCAAAGAUACUGGUUUACAACGGCGGUUUUUUAGAGGAGAUAAAAACGCUGUGUUUUGUUUUUGGUGUGAAUGAACCCUGGAGGAUGUUGCCGCUACAUGCCCGGUACUUCCCCUGAGAGGAGAGCAGCUCGUCUAUGAACGGAGGCAGGGAUCACUUGCACUUGUUUUCACCGCCCUGAAACAAAUUAGGCUGUUUCAAUCAGCCAAAUCCAAGUAGCUUUUACUCGUGAUUAUUAAAUUUAAACAAAGCAUUUAAUCUGGGGGAAUAUAUCCAUCUAAUCUCAACAUCUCUCCCUGCUUUUAUAGUUUUUCAGUGUUUGUUUAAGUGGCUACUGUACCGUGCUAAUUCAGUGUAUUCAGUUUAGACAAGGAUGCGACUAAUCGACGUGAGUGGCCGGACUUUCUAGUCCAGUAGAAGGUCGUAGGUCCUGGAGAAGUGGACCCUGUGUGGACAUAACUGAAGAGUCAGUUUAUUUGUGUCAAGAGACCAACAUGAUCAGAAAUCUGAAUUCAUUCUGUGUUGUGAUCAGUCAGUCAAUCAAAAUGCACCACACCAGCUGAUUUAUCAGACUACUAAACUGCCCAGUUUGUAGAGGCUUGGAAAGGGUUUUUCUACAUAACCAAGCUCUGUGGAUACAUCAAGAACAAUUUGUGGACUUGAAUCAUCCCCAAGGCCCACCUUCCAUCUUUGAUUCCUGACCUCCUGUGUAUUGGAAAUCCAGAGGACCACAUUUCAGGCUGUUUACCUGUCAACAGCCCCUCCAUUUGAAUGAAGUAGUAGCCUUUUAUUCCCCUGAGCUCCAGCGAGUACAGGGGCUGCACUCUGUUCGCUGAGGCCCGAGCAGCGAGCGCCUCUACCUGGGCUGCCAGCCAGCCAGACGGCCCUCCGGGGGCUUUUGGAUUUUGAAGGUCCAGCUGGAGGUUUGGGAGUUUUACCCAGAGUUUCUUCACCACGUGGAUCACUGGAGAGAGGGAGGAGGACACCAUGGGGUGCUGUAGUGGCAGGUGCACCUUGGCCUUCAUCUGUGGCAUGCAGCUGGUCAGUGUGUUGGAGCGUCAGGUGAUAGAUUUCCUGGGCUACCAGUGGGCUUCCAUCCUGACCAACUUCCUCCACAUCAUCGUUGUCAUCCUGGGCCUGUUUGGCACGAUUCAGUUCAGGCCGAGAUAUGUCACUGGGUACGCAGCCUGGCUGGUCGCGUGGAUGACCUGGAAUGUCUUCAUCAUCUGUUUUUACCUGGAGGUUGGAGAUCUGUCCAGAGACUCUGACCUUGUCCUGACGUUCAACCUGUCCAUGCAUCGCUCCUGGUGGAUGGAGAACGGCCCAGGGUGCAGGGUGACACCCAUCACCCCUCCUCCCUCCUGGGCACCCGAGGACCACCGAUAUAUAUCUAUAUCUGGCUGUCUGAUGGAUUUUCAGUUCAUAGAGGUGGCUCACUCCUCGCUGCAGAUACUCCUGGCUUUGAUGGGGUUUAUCUACGCCUGCUAUGUGGUCAAGCUCAUUUCAGAAGAAGAGGAUAGCUUUGAUUUUAUAGGAGGGUUCGACUCGUAUGGUUACCAGGGGCCUCAGAAGACCUCCCACCUUCAACUACAGCCCAUGUACAUGUCAAAGUAAACCCAGGUGCUACUCCAGGAGCGCUGCCUUACCAAUGACCACUGCUUAACAUCCUGCUUUUACUACUCCACUGUAUUUUAAUAAACAACAACCAAGACAGAGACAAGUAGACAGGAUAUAGAAGACACUAAGAUAUUCUGUGUUUCAACCUAUAAAUCCCCCCUGUACUUUGUCAGAUUGCUUCCCUGAGCUGCCUGUCUGCUGUUUUUAAUGGAGUGAGGUCUGAUCCUGAUGAAACACCGGCCUCGUGUGGUUGAACACGGCAACUGCAGGAUAUGUGUGCCUCACCAGUACAGGCAGCUCCGGUAACAAUUGCAUUCUUUUUGUCUCUGGGGGACGCAAUCAGGAGCCAAUGACUUGCUUCCUCUUGUGCUGUUGGUUGGGUAUCUGCAUUGUGAAAGAAACCAAAGGGAUGUAAAGAGGCCACGACUCUGACGCGUUUCUUCAGGCUCUCCAGAGCCACAUCCUCAUGUACACAAUAGAGCCUCUGCUCUUUGUACACAGGACUUCCAACCAAACUGACCAAGCAUAUACUAACAAGACUACCGAUAUACAGUAGGAAUGUCAGACAACUUUUUUCUAAGAUUUCUUUCUGGUGCAUUUGGGUUCUUGUUGCAGCAAAGAUGGAAGCUCGAUACAAGUCAUGUGCUGGACUCGAGCACGAGUACACGUUUUAUUCUGUUGUUUCAUCCAAAAGACGUCGAAUGUUAAAUGACAGUACUUUCAUUUCAUAUGUGCAUGUGUACAGGAAACAGACACAUUCUCACACACACACACACACACACACACACACACACACACACACACUCACAUACACACACAGGCAUUAAGUAAUGCGUAUGUGAAUUCACACACACACGCACAUAACAGAUGUACUACCAUUGAACUUUUUUACUACUAAUGUGAAUCUUAAUGUUUACAGUAGAAAUUCAGUCUGCCAGACAGAAAGACUGAACACCUGACAGACAGAUGCAACAGGUAGAUAGACAGGCAGACUUUUUAGCUGCGGCAUUCGAAAGGCCAUUGGGUGUUUUCUGCCAUAUUAAUACAGACAAGACAGUUGUUCCAGAUCUGUCUUUUGGUCUCUUGCUGUCUAAAUAUUUUGUCUUCCAUCCAAGACAGAGCAGUAGGGGUAGACAGAGACAGAACAUGACAAAGAAAACAACCACAGGGAGGGAUUGAGGCCAGUCAACAGUUUCCCUUCCACCUCAGUCCUUUUGUAGACACCAGGCUCUCAGUGCCAAGCUUCUGUUGUCACUCAUCCAUCUCAUUCAGCAGGCAAGUUUUCCCCUUUUUUCUGAAAUAUAAAAAAAAAUGCUGGAAGCCAGAUCAAGUGCCCAAUCAGCCUAAUCUGAAGCACCCCCUCUUCCUAAUAACUAGAUGAGAAGAAGAAGAAGAAGAAGUAGUUCAAAAGCAGCCAAAUUCUUCCACAGGCAAUGCUUACAUAAGGAGAAAAAGACACACGCUUUUCAGAAAUGACAAUCACAGUCAGAGUGGCCUGAGUCUUGUCAUGGUUUCACAUUUUUUGUACCAUAAAACAGGUGACAAAAAGCUGAAGAAUGGCUGUCAUCAUCACGUGGGAACAGUGAAGCAUCUCAGUUAGAUUAUUUGAGUAAUUAUGUAUUGUUUUGAUUGAUAUAUUGCAUUUCCAAACCACUGGUGGAUGACACAGAUUGAGACGAAGGAGAAAUGAAACGACAGAGGCUGAAUCCUCAAUGACACUGUACUCGCCUGCAGGCUGAUGAGGUCAAAAAUUAUACCAGAGAGAUGCCAGAGACAUAGCAGCUCCCCCUCUUCACCUCACUACUCGAAUUUUAAUGUUGAAAGUGCCAACUAUAUCACCACAUGGAGAUCUGUAGAGCCUGGUUUCUGAAAGCCACAGACUGGGACCAAAAAUAUCGGGCCUCAGGUUCACUUUUCAUGGGUUUCCAUGUAAGAAAAAAUAGCGAGGAUCAUACAAAUAAAAAAAAAUUCACAUUUGCAUUCCAGGCGGCCAGCAGGUUUUCUCUUUUAUUCUGCUCAGAAAAAUCAACUGAUUCCUUCUGGAAACGUUACUAAAAAUGUUGCAUUUGUGUUGCAAUUACUGGACCAAAAGUUUGAGGCCUUCUCCGUCAACCAAGGAACAUUUCUGGGUGGAAACACUGGCUUCCCGUGACAUAAAGGAUGGACUAACAGACUGUUUCCCUCUACAAACCGAUCUCAAAGUCCACCUUCCACCCCGUCUGCCAGUUAUCUUCAGCAGUUCAUGUUUUGUAACAAAACUCUGUGGGUUACGUUCAGAGUCGCUUCCCGUGAGGCUCCACUGACAGUCACUCUGGAGGACAGAAACAACAUUUUGUGUGUUUGCAUGAGGUGUUUCCAAACUGUUGCGUAUUUAAUUUCAUGCUGCGUGUGACUAACUAGCUACUUAAAAUGGGAACUGUUUGGUUUGUUGAAUGCUCCUCAACUCUCUUCAAAGAGUCCUAAAUGUGAACUUUGUGAUUUUUCUAUAAUAACACAUUCUGAAAUGUUUGCCGAGUAAAGGAGAAAAAUAGCUACUACAAUGUAAAACGAUGAAAUGUAACUUUGAACUACUAGACGUUUUUUAAUCACAUGUGGCCGUGUUUACUGUUUUUUCUAGUUGACUACUAAUGUAUGAUGUUGUGUACAACUGGGACUACUAUGUUUUAUUUCUUCUAAUUGUACAGCGUAUUUGAAAUGAGAGCGUAAGAGGAGAAUGGGAGGAAACAGAAUUAGUUGCACUAUAGUCUGAAAUUCUUUCAUUAACCAUUCUGUCAGGGCUGGAAAUUCACUUUCACUUCAGCACAUAAUUAACUUUACAAAAUUAAUUUAUAUUUGAAUUAUCAACCAACACCACACAUUACUUUUUAAUAAAUAAAAAUGACUGCAGACAAGUGUGUUUUUGCAAAAUUCAAAUCAGGAACUAAUGCUGUGAAAAGGGUCACAUAGCCAUUAUUUAGAAGCUUAUUUGAAAAAGAGAGUUGGUCAUGUCAUUAGCAAAUGACACUCUUUGAGCUGAAAGUGAAUUUAUUUGUUAAUUUAUUCUUCUUUAAUGGAGUCGAUCAAUUCAUUAUUACCUGGCAAUGUGGAACCAAUAUCAACCUAAACACCAAUACGGCAGAUAUAACAACAGACUGAAGCAAUUAUUCACAAAAUCAGAAAGGAUUUCAGAUAUAUGUGAUCCAAAUGUGUGUCUGUGUGUGUGUGUGUGUGUGUGUGUUAGACUUUGUACCGCAGUACAUCAUACUUUUCUGUGUCAUGGUGAACUGAACGACACUUAGAACCUGCAAAGCCACAACUUCAACACAAAUUAAACUGAAGGAAAUUGAAGCACUCAUCAAAGAUUGUUAAUGAACAGCAAUAACAACAGUAAAUAUAUUUUAAAGUAAUAAUAAAGACAGAAUCCACACAGUUCAUGAUUUAUCUUUAUCUUCACAGUUGCUUGAUCACAUUUAGACUUUGGAGUCAAUAGCUGUUCAAGAGCUUUUGUCUGUAGAUCUAAGAAUGCACAUCUGUACAUAAAGAGUUAAACAUUUGCCCGAAGAAGCUGGGGUCAAGUUAUUAUUUUGUUGAACGGUGUCAAUAAACAUUCAGUCAAGC